CGCGACCCUCUGUAAACUUGAACGGAAUUAGUCGCAGAUAGUUCCCAACGUGGUUCCAACCCAUCAGCUGUCAAUUGUAGCCAGGAACAUCUUUGAAAAAUACAUUGUUACAUGCUGCAUUGUUCACUGGGAAAAGUACGAUGGAAGUGUUUGAAGUCCGAGAUCCGGACAUCGUUCAGGCCCUUCAAUGGACCAAGGAAACAGUCGAGACAAUGAUUACGAGGGCGUUUACUAACGCUGCUGUACGCCGAUCAAUAUGGAGCGAUACCCCAAAUAAGCAGCACUCGCUUUCUGACGUUUUCUUCACUGUAAAGGACGACACGCACGUGGAGUUAACAAAUGUGAAGCUUCUUCGUGAGCCAGAUUUUCGGUUUACCAGUAUAAACUCCUGCCUCGAGUCUUUCUUCUUAGCAGCUAAUAUAGACAUCGGUGACCUAGAAGUGACCGCAGAUUUUUACGUAAACAAUAGCGCCCUUGAUUAUGUUCUGCCUCUCGCUACAUCUGGUCAAGUUACGAUUACCUUCAAAAAUGUUAAGGCUGAAGGACCAAUUGGAGUUUAUCCGAUAGAGGACUGUUUUCUAACGAAAAAUUAUUCACUUUGUUACAAACCUGAAAAUACGACCAUAAAAACCGUUCAUAAGGAUAACGAGGGAGAGGCGACCGUCGAACUUGGCGUCGAUAGUACCGCUAAUCUAUUCAAGGAUGAAACGCUCGGUUCUCAUUUGUGGAUGGAUCUGACUCACCUGUUAACUAAAUUGUUGAAAAUGGAACUCGACGAAGUUUUGUGCGAACUAUCAGCCAGCGAUCUUCUUCAAGGAGAAUCAGAUUACGUUGACGGAACGAUAGAACACAGCAACGCAGUAAACGUGGUGACAAAUGAUAUUUUCGACAAGAUCAUCGCGAACGCGAACAACAGGAUCAAUGAGCUGAACCUUUCGACGAUUCCAGGGCCAGAUAUCGACGCUUCGUUCAAAAAAAAACUCGCAACUGUUGUGACGACCGGACAUUUCACCGCCAGAAAUGGCACCUUUCAAAACAUGGCAAGUUUGGCCAGAAAAGGCGAUGUCAGUAUCGCUAUCGAAGAUGGAAAAUUUGUCAUAUUUGGAAGAGUGGGGCUCACAGAGCUAAAGAUUUCCUAUGACCAUUACACGGCAAAGUUGAUGGACGUUGGGCCCACAGGAAAAAUUCAGACGACCGUUGGUCGGAACGAAGCGCUUUUCAAAUUUAUUCUUGAAAAAACUGAUCAGAAAGUGAAAAUUCGAUUAGCAGAUUUCAAGAUCACCGAUAUUAGCGAAAUUGAGGCUCACGUGACGGGGUUGGGCGGCCUCAACUGGUUGACAUCAAAGAUAUCUUCCUGGAUCGCAAGCAUCCUGCGUUGGAAGGUGGCACCUCUCGUCGAGGUUAACGUUAAAGAGAAUGUUAACAAAGUGCUUGAAAAUUUCGAUGUUAAUUCUUUGUUAAAAAAAUGACUAUCUUUUUAUCAUGGUGUCGAACUACCGGUCGAGAAUGACGUUGAAGAUUCUAGUCUACAACUGCAGGAACCGUCUAGAAAUCAAAGUUAUUUUUACACCAAGUUAUUCAGGAUGAAUUUCUUCGCUUGAAUUUCUUUUUCAUAUUCGACCGCACUUCGAUUGGAAGAACUCUUGAACGUGUCGCGUUAGCACGCUCAAAUCCGGAGGAAACCUAGGAAAUUUUUUCCGUAAGCUUAUUUUUUGAUUACGACGAAUCAAUCGCAUUUAAAAACAGAAGAAAAUUAACGCAUUCCAGUAUUGAACCUUAUUCUAUGCUUUACCGGUGAAAUUAACUAGCAUGAAUUGUUUGCACGGAUUUUUAAAAUCUCUCGAGAUUUUAAACUUUUGAUCAUUUUUGUCUAUACGAAAAAUUUUGUCAGAUUUGAUGUUCUUCUUGCUUCGUUCUUAUAAUUAGAAUUUAAUGAGUUUAUUCUUCUCUGUUACCUAAUAUUAAAAUAACUUUGUCAAUUUUUUUUUUUCAUCAUUCAUCAAAAACCGCUCAAAACUCAUUUGAAAAAUAACGAUGAGGCUUAUAAUGUCAAUAAUAACAAGAAAGCAAUGAUUACACAUUCAUAUUAACGAUUUCAAUACCUAGGCAAAAACUAAAGUUAUUGUUCGCGAUAUUUUUUAAUAGACAGUUUUAAAGAUAUUCAUAUAAUAAUAAUACACACGUGUCAUCAUAUUACUAUUGUUGUUGGUGCGACACGUGGUUCACGUGUCGCAAAAAUGUUAUGGGUUGCCAGUAAUUUACUGGAGGGAAUAAAAAAAACGUAAUUAUAAUAAUUAUUAUUCUAUAUUUUAUUUGAUUGUUGUAAUAAAAUGAUAUUAUAUAUAAUAAAAUAACAUUUCACGCACCAUA